CCGGGUGGGGAGAAGCCACCGCGUGCGAUGUUUCAUUUGAUGCUCGUGGACGAAGGGUCGGUGACGAUAGCAUGUAGUGUGCAUUCCGCACUCGAAAUGGAGUACUCCGGAGUGGAGACAAAAAUAGAAUUGUUUGUAUUGGCAAGAGACGAUGAGCAAGUCAACGUCCAUUCAGGAGCGCCAAACACCUCAGGCACAGUCGGACCCUCGCAAGUACACGCACACACAGGAACCAUGUCAUCUACAGACACAGACACGGACACAGAGGAUAGCUCUCGUGUGUGGCUGUGGGUGUGCCUGUGUUUAGGUGCCGUUCUGCUGUGCGUCUGUGGGUGUGGCGUGGUGUGUGUUGUGAGGCGCCGGUGUGCGCGAUGGAAGUCCGACGGCUUGUACACAGACACCUUUGAACUCACGGACGUGGACGUGUGGGGGGUUCUGUGCUGCCGUGUAAGUGCUCGCGUGAUGCAGAGUGUUUAG